AUUUUACCUAUAAAUAUAGUUAAUCGCUUGACUACUGCAGUCAUUGCGCCUGUCGAUGUCAAGGAUUUCUUCCGUUUAGUCAAGUGACGCCAUUGUGAGCCGUAACGACUUAUAGGAGCACAGAGUUUAAUCUCUAAUUACUUAAAUAAUCUUGGUAAAGAAUAAUUAAAACAAUACAAAAAUGGCAGAUGAUAUGCCCACAUUUAAAUGUGUGCUGGUCGGAGACGGCGGCACUGGCAAAACCACCUUUGUGAAACGGCAUUUGACUGGAGAGUUCGAGAAAAGAUACGUCGCAACGCUGGGUGUCGAAGUGCACCCUCUAGUGUUCCACACCAACCGUGGCCCUAUCAGAUUCAACGUUUGGGAUACAGCGGGUCAAGAGAAAUUCGGAGGUUUGAGAGACGGAUACUAUAUCCAGGGUCAGUGCGCAAUCAUCAUGUUCGACGUAACCUCUCGUGUCACCUACAAGAACGUACCGAAUUGGCACAGAGAUUUAGUGCGAGUGUGCGAAGGCAUCCCUAUUGUAUUAUGUGGGAACAAAGUUGACAUUAAGGACAGAAAAGUAAAAGCAAAAACAAUCGUUUUCCACCGGAAAAAGAACCUCCAGUACUAUGACAUCUCAGCCAAGUCAAAUUACAACUUUGAAAAGCCCUUCCUCUGGUUGGCAAGAAAGUUAAUUGGUGAUGGUAACCUAGAGUUUGUUGCUAUGCCCGCUCUUGUACCACCUGAAGUCACCAUGGACCCACAAUGGCAGAACCAAAUUGAAAAGGAUCUCAAAGAAGCACAGGAUACUGCUCUCCCGGAAGAAGAUGAAGAUUUGUAAAAAACUAUUAUGUAUAGCAUUAAAGGUCAUCGGGGGCUGCAUUGGGAGUUAUAUAAAAAUACUCCAUGUUCGUACAGUAUUUGCAAAUUAAAAUAUUGCAUCAUUUGUAUUUGCAGCAUAUAUGUAGGACUGUAUCCCCUACCAAUAUAGAGCAUUGGUUGUAAAAACUAAAACUCUCAAUGCCCCUCUUUCAAAAUUUGUGAUGUGUGUUAUGAGGAAUGAUGAUUAAGCUAAAAAUUCUCAUUGAAAUUGUUUCUUUCAAUAGAUUUUCAUUCCAUUAG